AUGGACGUGCAGGCUCUGAAGAUCUACAUGGGCAGCUGGGUUCAGACGUUGAAGGCCAGUGUGAUGCCACCAAAGGCACCAGGAACAGAAGCUAAAACUUAUUGGUAUGCAAACCACAAAGGCAUGCUAGACAGAGUCGUGGCAAUCAUGUCAGGAGUCGACAACCAGGAGCUGGAGAACUUGAGAGAAGAAGUGAGGUUGACUGGUUGUACAAGUGAGGAGUGGGCUGAAGAACAAAGGUUGCUGCAAACUGUUCUGGACAGGCAACUGGCUCCAGACAUCUGGACGAAAGAUGUCAGGACAGAGGAAGUCAAGAUGCAGCUCCAUACAAAGAUGCAAGCAGCCUGA